CCUAAGUUAACGAGUGACGUGUUAAAGUUGGGCCGGCCGAAAUUGAAAAUCUAAUAAAAAUGACCUCUCUCAUGUCUGUGAUUCCAAAACUAUAUCAAGAAUAUACAAGCAAAACACCAAAGAAGCUGAAAAUUAUCGAUGCUUAUUUAUUAUAUAUAUUUCUGACCGCCGUCAUACAGUUUGUUUACUGUUGUCUUGUUGGAACGUUUCCUUUUAAUUCUUUUCUUAGCGGCUUCAUUUCAACAGUUAGUUCUUUCGUUUUAGCAGUGUGUUUGAGACUUCAAGUUAAUCCUGAUAACAAGAAUGAGUUCCAAGGCUUGAGCGCUGAGCGCGGAUUUGCCGAUUUUAUCUUUGCACACCUUGUAUUACACAUUGUGGUAAUCAACUUUAUUGGUUAGACAAGCUCCUAUAUCCUUGCAAUCAUUUAACAUAAUAAACUUUUAUAAAACCCA